AUGUCUCACAACCAAUACAACGCUACUGAAAACACUCAAGAGGAUAUUGCUCAAGACUCUAUCCGUGUUUCUUCUCCUUAUGACUCAUCUAUGCAAGUGGAUGAGCACGCUCAACUUUCUGCAGUUGAUCAUCUUCUCAAGAAGAUUGACACUGCUCAGGCUCGCUUGGAUCAGAUCCAUCGUAACGCUGGUGAUACUUACACUGAGGAAGAACGCUUGGCGGCUGAUGAAGCAUCUGCGUCUGUCGAAUGGCUCAGCAAGCAAGUCAGUGCAAUUACUAAGAGGGUUGAUUCCAAAGCAAGACCUGUCAAUCUCAAUGAGAUCCCCCGUUUCCAGGUGGUAGGACAAGCUAAGCAUUGGCCUGACCAUCCUCGAUUCACCACAGUCGAUCAUUUCUUCAGUGCUUUUGAGAACGUCAUCAGAGCAUCCGGUAAUGAAAUAAAUUUGGUUUGGAAACGCUACGUGCCUGUUUCACUGCCAUUUGACUUCGAAUCAUGGACCAAGAAUGAUCUUCUGGCAUGUAAUGAUUGGGAUCAAGCCAAGGCAUUGUUCCGCAAACAUUUUGGUGCUCCCAUCAACUCUGAGGAAUCCAUGGCCAAACUCUUCAGCAUGCGCAUGAAGAACAAUGAUACUCUACAGGACUAUACGAAUAAGUUCAUGAAGUACGUCAAGGAUUGUGGCUUCCCUCCUAACAGCAACAUGUUAGCCAAGUUCUAUCAGUUCACGCUGUUACGCAAGAAUCAGCAAAUGAUGGUCAACCAAAUGUCCGUCAAGCAUGGUUCCAACCACAAAUGGACUAUCAACGAGAUCUAUGAGUGUGUGUUGCCUUUGUUCCUUGUUGACGAGCAAAAUCGUGGUGAUGAUAAUGUUGAGGUCGACAUCAGAGGUAAGCGUAAGGGUGGUUCUGGUGGUUCUGGUUCGAGAACAAAGAUGGCAAGGGUAUCUGCCACUGGGUAUUUCUGUGCGAAGCAUGGCGGAAGCAAUGCCAACCACAACACCAUUGACUGUAAGUCAAGAUUGAAGCACUUUGGCUCUGACAACAAGCCUAACCGGGCUACUACUGCUGCUCCGUAUUCUAUGAAUUCCUCAUCCUCUGAUCCCAAAACCUGCAACUUUUGUGGUAAGCCCCGUGCUUACGGCCAUCGUUGUCAAGAGUUCUACGACUGGAAGAAGGAGAGAGAAUCAAGGAAGAACAUUGGUGUGCAUACUGUACAAACAACCACUGUUCGCAAGGACAACAAGUCUGGUUCUGGUUCUGAGACCAAUGAUGUUACCAUGGAAAGUAGCACUGAUUCUGACAUUGGUGAUGCUAUUGGAGAUGUCACCAUGGAGGAAAUAGAUGCUUGCUUGGACGAGAUUGAAGCAGAGGAUGCCUCGCUCAACUGUAAGUCUAAUGUGAAAAAUGUACCUGAAAGUUUCAAUCCAUUUCAGUUACUGACUCCUAUUAUUUUAGAGAGCAAAGAAGGAAAACCAGUCCGUUUGAUCGCGAAAGUAGAUACGGGAUCAGAUUCCACCUUCUUAAAUAAAAACAUUUUUCACAAUAAACUACUAUUCACUUCCCAAGAUAUUAUUUCUGUUGAAGGCAAUUUGAACUUUCUGAGUCAUUCAGUAAAGAGAUUGGGUAAAACACCAGCUAUCAAGAUAAGAUAUCUUAAUGACAUUGCAUUUGAUCACUCGUUUGAGCUAUCCAAUUUUAUUCAGGACCUAGGCGAUUUUGAUGUGCUACUGGGUGUAGACACAUUGAGUCGACUUAGAAUUGGGCUAACUGGCGUUGCUCACAAGUUUGCUGAUAUUGGACAUCUUACAGAGGAAGAGAAAUCAGAGCUUCUUGAAAGCAUCGAUUUCGAAAAUGUCAAUUUUGAUACUAAACAUUCUAUUGAUCCAGAAACCGCAUCAAUCUUUGAAUCCCAAGCUGAGGAGAAUAAGUAUAUGAGCAACAUCCAAGAUGCUAUUGAUGAGAAUCAGAGAAUCAAGCCUGGAACGUUUUGUAACGUGCCUGAAUCUGAGAUCACUAUACCAAUCAAGGAGAAUGUUGAUUACUAUGUCAAGCAAUAUCCGAUCGCACAUCAUGCAAUGCCCGAAAUCGAAAAGCAAUUGAAUGAAUGGCUGGAUGCAGGAAUUUAUCAAAGAAGGACAAUGAUGGCAAACCCACCAAAACUCGAGUUUGUAUGGAUGUGCGGAGGAUCAACCAGCAUAUGCCCAACAAUACAAACCAAUUUGAGAUACCAAAUAUACAGGAUAUCUUCACCCGGAUCAAGCAGAAGGGGACAAUAUUUUCGAAACGGAAAAACCUCGGUCAUGAACAUUUUGUUUUCUGAUAUGCCCAACGUGGAGGUCUAUGUGGACGACCUAUGCCUCGUAUCUUCAUCCUUAUCCAGUCAUUGCGAAUUGAUUAAGGAGGUGCUGAGACGCUUGACACAUGCCAACUUAAAGAUUGGUGUUGAAAAGUGCUCCUGGUUUCGAUCUAGUAUCUACUUGCUAGGCUUUGUAGUUGGUCCUCAUGUUUCCAAGGUUGACAUGCGACAUCUCUCUGACAUUGAUCAUUGGGGUCCAUGCAAAUCUGCCAAACAGGUUAAACAACUAGCUGGUGUUAUUUCAUAUUUGAGACCACACAUCCCAAAUCUGUCAAAACUGAUGGCGCCUAUUGAUGCUCUACGAAAUGAUCCAGAUGCUGGUAGCAAAUGGACUGAGGAGCACACCAAACGACUUGAGAUUAUCAAGAAGGUCUUGUUAUCUGAAGCUUUACUGACUGCACCAGACAUGAAUAAGAAAUUUUAUCUUGAAUGUGAUGCUAGCUUAUAUGCAGUUGCAGUCAUUUUGACGCAGCGCGACGAUCAAGGACGCACAGUCUAUGUGGCGAUGUUGAGCAAAUCUCUGACCAAAUCCCAACAGAACUGGCCUGUCCUGAGACGAGAACUGUAUGCCGUGUUAUUCGGUUUAGUUCGUUUGCGACCCUUAUUGUACGGGCAUCCUGAGAUUGAGGUUAUGACAGAUCAUCGAGCUCUGAUUUAUAUCUACACAUGUAAAUGUCCUACUAGAGUCAUUCAAAAUUACAUGGAGAUUUUAAACGAGUAUCCCCAACUGCAAUUCACUCAUAUCAAGGGCUUAGACAACAUCUUACCUGACAAACUUAGUCGCUUGUAUGAACCUUUAGAAGAUCAUACAGAGCUGGCGGGAGACAGUGAUAAGAAAAUUGCUAAAUUACAAAAGAAUAUCAUGAGAAGCAAAGGCUCCAAGAAACGAUUCAUUGGCAACAAUAAGCAAACAAAGCAUUAUCUAACCAAGAACAAAGUAGUCUAUAAUAAAGACAAGCACUUGAAUGUACUUGCCAUGAAGAUCAAGGAGGGCAAUUAUGAAAGCGUUGCUUACAUUGCACCACCUGACAAUGAGAGAGACCAACUGCUUCGUGAAACUCAUGAAUUUGGACACUUUGGUGCCGCUAGUAUUGUCAAGAAACUACAUGAAGAAGGUAUUCAUUGGACAGGUCUAUAUGAUGAUGCAAAGGCAAUUUGUCAAUCAUGUAUGGAAUGUGCAAGACACAAUGUAGUUCAAAAGGGUUAUCAUGAACUGAGAAACGUUGUAGCGUAUGGUCCAUUUGAUCACAUAGGCAUUGACUUUCUUGGUCCGUUAACUCCAACCAACAAUGGCAAUAUAUAUAUAUUAGUUGUAUACGACAUUUGCACCAGAUUUAUUAUAACUCGUGCAUUGCCCAACAAACAAACCGAUACUGUCGCUAGAGCUCUGGCUACCAUCUUUGGAGACUUUGGCGUAGUACAAAUACUACAAUCUGAUAAUGGACGUGAAUUCAAGAGUGCUUUGAUGAGCGAGAUCGGUAAAGCACUUGGCAUCAAUCAAAGAUACUCUACGGCUUUCCACGCUAGGGGCAAUGGUGCAUCCGAAUCAGGUGUUAAAAAUAUUCUUAAUGCACUUCGUAAGAUGGUCAGUGAACACAUCUAUGACUGGGACUCGGUUCUACCUGGAACUCAACUGGCUAUAAACACAAAAAUUAGGUAUCGCACUGAGAGUGCACCUUUUCAAUUGAUGUUUGCUAGACCAUUGAAUAGAUUCGUAGACUACGAUGAUCCUAAGAUCAAGGACAACUUACCAAAGAAGCCAAUGACUCUCGGUGAGCUACGCAAGAAGGCAGAGAUUAUGAACCAGGUUGUCUUUCCAGCUAUAAACCAAAGAACACAACGCAUUAUUGAGGAGCAAGCAACGCGAUUCAAUAAGCAUCACAAGAUUACACACUUCAAAGUUGGUGAUUGGGUUAUGGUAAGACUUCCGCAUAGAGAAAGCAAACUUGAGGCCGCUUAUGAUGGACCCUAUCAAGUUGUUCAAAAGAAAAGAUCUACAUAUGUGUUGAAAGACGAUAUGAAUGAACUACUACAUCGCGACUAUGUGCCAUCUGAAUUGAAGCUGGUAGCAAUCGACGAGUCUAUCAUCGAACAAGAAGUAUAUGAGGUUGACGAGAUCAGAGCGCAUCGUGGUCCUGAACACAAUAGAGAGUAUUUGGUAAAAUGGAAGACAUUUGGAGAAGCUGCCAACUCCUGGGAAACCGCUGCAUCGUUCAACAACCCUCAAACCAUUCGUAAGUACUGGGCAAAGAUCAAGGAAUAUGAGCUGCUUGAGAAGAGAAGACAGGCACUAAAUAGUGACACUGCUUCCUCCAAAUCAAAGCGUAAGCGUGAUGAUUCUGACAAGCGUUUGAGAGGCUCUAAGAGACUCAACGUUGCAGAACAGUAA